GGAGAGUCGAUUGAUUCUUCUCCUUCAAUCACCUUUCAACGAUAAGACAGAGAGGCAAAACGAGUUUCACAGAUUCCUAAAAAGGAAAGAUCUCCGGUUUACAGAACGGCGCAGAAUCAUCAUUUCCAAACUUCUGAUUUUUCUGAUUUAUCUUCGAUUUGGAUCCAAUCUCAAUCCUCGAUUUCUCCGACUGGUUAGAUUUUUUCCGACUGGUUCGAUUUUUUCUGGUCAAGGGUGGCAAUGGCUAAUUCCAAGGGAUCACAGAGUGUUAAAGACUUGACGUACCCAGGAAAAAACGCUUUGCUCCCUCCAAAGAUUCCGUUUCCUAGCGUAUCAGCACCGUAUUCCGAGUAUAUUCCCAGUGGUUCGAUUGGUUCAAGGCAUAAUCAGAAGCUUAGUGUAGAGAAAACGCACCACCAGAGGACAUCCUCUGAGAGCGAUUUGGUAGAAGAGCCUCCCUUUUGGCUUGAUGAUCUACUCAAUGAGCCAGAGAGCCCUGUUCGAAAAUGUGGUCACCGGCGUUCAUCAAGUGACUCGUACGCGUAUCUAGACAUGGCUAAUGCCAAGAACAUAAGCUUGACUCUCCAAAAUGAUUUCAGUUAUAGGAAUGUUGGUUCUUCCAAUCAAAGAGGAACUCAGGAGCUUGAUUGGAACAAAAAUGCUCAGGACGCUGCCUUCUACCCUGAUGCUAAUUUUCUAAAACAGACGAUUCGACAGCGAGAGUCUUUGGUGGCAUCUGGGCCUCGCUCUUCUUGGUUGCCUUUUACUCGAGAGAGUGUGGGUGGAAAACACAUGGGACCAUCGUAUAUGUCUCAAGAAGCAACAGUGAAAUCAGAAACAAAGAACUACGCCAAAACUCUUUCUCAUGAGGCUAAAAAGUUCUCUCCUGAGGAAAAAAACUCCAGUCCUCAGCCCGGGACUUAUGAUGCUGACAAUACUAGACGAGCCAAACAGCAAUUUGCGCAACGAUCACGGGUCCGUAAGCUCCAGUACAUAUCUGAGCUAGAAAGGAAUGUACAAGCAUUGCAGGCAGAAGGCUCCAAAGUUUCAGCUGAGCUUGAUUUUCUCAACCAGCGGAAUUUAAUUCUGAGUAUGGAAAAUAAAGCUCUUAAGCACCGCCUCGAAAGUAUAGCUCAGGAGAAGCUGCUCAAACAAUUGGAACAGGAGGUGUUGGAAAAGGAGAUUGGAAGACUACGAGCUCUGUAUCAGCAACAACAACAAACAAACCAACCAUCAGCAAGUCACGGACGGUCUACUAGCAAAGAUCUCGACUCUCAGUUCUCAAGUCUUUCACUGAACACCAAGGAUUCCAACUGUAGGCGUGACUCUGUGUCUGUGACGGGUCAAUUCCACUUUUAGUCAAUGAAUCUCUCUACCCACUGGUUCAUUAGACCUUAAGGACCUGGCGUAGGCUUUUCAAACAAGAUCAGACCCUGAUCUACUGUCUUGUAAUACUCCUUCACCGCACACGUUUUUAACUCCCCGGCCAUUACUUUUUCCAUUACCUGAAAACCUAUUUUACUUCCAGCAGAUGUCUUGCCUGAGGUGGUUUAGUUCGAAGAUCAGACACCUGGACUUCAUUUAUCUGGUGAUUGUUGUACCGACUUGUGAUAUGGGACCGAAUAUUUCGAUACCCGGACAAAGUAAAAAACACUGAUCUGUGGAGUUGUACUAUGAUCUCUACUGUUUGUUUGUAUUGUAUUGUAUUUUAUAUUAGUGGUAAAAUGGUGCAUUCCCUUCGAGUGAAUGCUUCAUGUAAAGUAUAUGAUGUCAUUUCCUGUUGUAAGACUUCCCAAAUGUCAAGAUAUUUGAUUG